AGGAAGCUUUCAGCCCGCCAUUUGGCCUUGCUCCUCCACUGCCGAGCAAAUACUGCUCCUUCUUGCCAGCCCAGCGACCAAGAUUUCCAACGUCAACCGUUGACAGCUACACAAUGCAGCCCGCCCGAUUCGGUCUACAUUCUUCAGACGAGCCCUUCAAUGGUCCGCAAGGCUUGGGGCAAUGAGUUCGCCGGGUCCCAUCGAUGUGAAACACAUCCCGCGCUCUUACACCUCGAAUUGGGAAGCACCUAGCCAUCGAGCCCUGACAUAAAUACGAGAUUUCUUGCCCAGAGACGGCGUUCAACAUCGCAACGACGCCCAGCGCCAUAUUCAAAGAUGUCGAGUUCAAGUCAAGUACGAGACGGAAUAUGGCUGCCCACGGCUUUCAAAACCAACAAAACUAAAUUCAUGUAUUAUCUUUCAGCAACACAUCGAGGAGACAUGUACGCUAUUCGAGCAGCAAUGACUCUCCUCCCAGGACCUCUCUUCAUAUACGAUAGCUCCGACAAGACGCAAGAUCUAGAGACUUACCUUUGCUGGACGGCACGGAAUCUGGGUCAAGACUACUUCACCGUCCCUUGGAACUACACCGAAUACUCAGCGCCUGGAGCUAUAAACUACCCGAGCAAGAUCGCAAAUUGCACUUUGGGCAUAGGGAAUGGCACCGAUGGAAAUGGAUACAAAUCAGCACCCUUGGGCCACGAAUACCAGCAUAUGCUUUUAUACCGGAAGGACUUCAAGCUCCGUAGCGAGGCGAACGCGAGUCGAGCUUUUGCUACCGGGAUCAGUGAUGGAAACUUCAAGAAGAUCAAGGAGUCAAUGGCCUUGUUUCCCAAUCCAAGCGUCGAAGCGAAAAUCAAAGCAAUGUUGCAACCGAUAGUUGUAACUUUGUUCGGAAAUCCCACUGCUCAAAAUACAGUACUUGUAGUGCAUCGAGAUUCAGGCGCAGUUGGAGGAGCUACACCGGGGGCAUACCCUGAACUCGACACUGGCCAUGCAUUGGAGCAGAUCCUCGAAGUCGUCUCUAGCACGGCAAGCAGCUCUGGAGACCCUCUCAGGCCCGUCAUGUGCGGCAGCGUCGCGAGCACAGGCAAGGCGCGUAGCAUUGGAGAGUACUGGCUUCAACUGAGUAGCGUCAGAGCUGCAUACAAUGACGACCCCAACGUCACCAAGCGAGACAUCGAAGCGCUCUUCCUCCUUACCGCCUACGAAAUGAACUGUUUCCAACUCGUAGUCGGUUUCCGCAGCGGAGCAGUCGAUCUCUUCACUCUCAUGGGCAUCCCCAGCGUCUCAAUCGGACUCAGAUAUCUUGUUGGAGAAGACCGGCACGAUUAUCUCGCCCAGAGUAUCUUCCAGAGAGUCAACGUGAAGUACGACCUCCCACGCCAUAAGGCAACUGCUUGGAUUCGGUCCAAACAUGCUGCCCCUGACUCUCACGUAAAUGUGCUUUAUUCGCCAUAUUGGGCUAUGACUGGGAAUCCGAACGGCGUCAAUCCAAAUGAUCUUCGUCCAAUGCCGUCGAAAGUCUUCACGCAAGAGCUACAAGAUAAAGCUCGGGCAGAACUCCCUGGUCCUUUUGGCGGCUUCGAUAAUUGGGUCUUUGAGGUUGGGUUGAACAUUGCGUGCGAGAAGUUUAUUCAUGGAUGGGGAAAUACUACUGAACGUAUAACUCCCGAAGCGAACGAUUUCAUUAUCAACGCCGCGUAUGCAAGGUAUUGCUACCCUGCUGCUUUGAGCAAGCAAAUGGAUAAGCUACCUGCACACUUUAAGAAGUUGCAGGAAUUAGAACUAAUAGAUCUUGGGUCGCAUCAGAAAAUGGUUGUAGAGUUGCAAGAAGGAAGUAUUCAGCGUUAUUCUGUUAUGGGGUACAAACUUGAGGCUGAUGAAAUGUGGGGACGGUUGAAACCAAUUAUGAAGGAACUCUCGUGAUGUGGACUAGAUAUAAAUAAGUUCCCGAAAUUGAAAGUCUUUUGG